AUGGGCAGUCUAAAAAGAGACAAUGUUUCUGAGGUGACUGAAUUCAUACUUGUUGGAUUUUCCCAACAGCCUCAAAUCCAGGCUGCCUUCUUCCUGGGACUGCUGUUUUUCUAUCUGGUCACAAUGUUUGGGAACAACCUUAUUGUUGUUGUGGUGAGAUGGGAUUCUCGACUUCACACCCCCAUGUAUUUUUUUCUCAGUAAUUUAUCCUUCCUUGAUAUCUGUUAUUCUACCAGCUGAGAGCCAUAUGUGUUGGCCCAGUGCUUCAGGGACUUCCCCACCAUUUCCUAUACCAGCUGUUAUGCCCAGAUGACCACAUCUCUCUUUCUAGGGAUGACAGAGUGUAUCUUCCUUGCUAUCAUGGUUAAUGACAGGUUUGUUGCAAUCUCCAAUCCCCUGCGUUACACCAUCAUUAUGAACAAUCGGGUUUGCAAACAGUUGGCCUUAGGAACCUGGGCCAGUGCCUUUUUAGUAGCAGUCACACCAAUCACUGCAAUCCCUGCUCGUUAUUGUGGGCACAAUACCAUCAACCAUUUCAUCUGUGAGAUCCAGGCCCUGCUGAAGCUUGUCAGUCUAAUUCUGGAUCUGAUUAUCAGUGUGUUUACACUGCCCCUGCCCUUCACCUUCAUCCUCAUCUCCUAUACUCACAUUGUGGUUGCCGUAGUGAAAAUCCACUCUGCAGAAGCCAGGCUCAAAGCUUUCUCCACCUGUGGAUCCCAUCUGACUGUGGUCACCAUAUUUUAUGGGACAGCCAUCUACAUGUACCUGAAACCUCAGUCAGAAGAAUAUCAAGAAGAAGACAAAGUCAUGUCAAUAUUUUAUGGAGCAGUUACUCCCAUGUUAAAUCCCCUCAUUUACACCCUGAGAAAUAAGGAUGUAAAAGUUGCACUUAGGAAGUUAGCUAAAGGAAAGGAAAAAUCCUAA